CCCUGCGGUUGUAUAUGUGAUUGUUUUGUGUAUGUCUGUGUGAUUGUCAAAAAUUUUAGAAUAAAAAGAAAAGCUCACUGUCAAAAUGAAUAACCGUCGUUCGGCAUCAGUGGGUGCGUUACCCGUUGAAAAGAAGCAUUUUGUGUCGCGAAAUGAAAGUGCUAGCGGUGCAGUCUUGGACGUGCGUUGUGCAUGUCAGUAUUUCGAGUCUGAUUCAUUGCUACCCGAAAGAAUAAAUCCCAUCGAAUCACGUCCUUCUUCAAAACAGGGGUUUUUGAGUGACAUGGAACAUGGUGGUGGUGGUGGUGGUGGCAUCGAUCACCUUUACCAUCCACAACAACAACAACAUUUUGACAAUAUGUCAACGCGAAGUUUUAAUAUGAUGGGAAGGUCUAGAGAAUUUGACAAAAUAUCAAUGGCGGGUAGUUUUGGUGGACGGGGACUAGUUGUUCGAAGUAUCUCAGAUGCCACUGAGCCAGAAAUGGUUGGCGGUGGUGGUGGGGGAAUGACAAUGAUGGCGGGUAAUCGUGGUCGCCAAAUGUCAAUUGGGGAAAUGUCAGGGGGUAGUUUUGGUCAUGGGGGCCGAGAUCCAGAUGCAGUUUCGAUACGAAGUGGAAUUUCGUUACGUCGUGUUUCUCGAUCACCAUCACAUGCAGAUCUAAUUGUGGCUGAUCUAAAUAUACCAACUGGGCAUGUUUCGAGAGGUUUAAGAAGAGACAUUCCCAGGCACAUUACCAACCUGCCAAGUUCUUCACCGGCUUCUGGAAGAUUCUCUUCUCCAGAAUUUAGCAAAUAUGAUAAAAUGAAUGUUCCUAUGUCGAGAAUUCAGCAAUCGCAUCAAAUGAUGAGUGGAGAGAAUAAAGAGAAUGAAAAUAUGCUUCCACAGAAUAAACCUAUCGAUCUUUCAAUGUAUGAAGAUACUCAUACCUUAGGAAGAAACCUUGGUCAGAAUAUUGAAAUUCCUAAAUUUAAUUUAGUAGCGCCGACUCCAACUCCGACUAUGGAAAAUACAUUUUCUCCUGAUUUUACUAGGAGAAAUCUAUCUCCAGAAAGAACUCCACAAAGGUCUCAAGAAACCUUUAGUAGGCAAAAUCUAUCCCCCGAAAGAACUCCACAAAGGUCCCAAGAAACCUUUAGUAGGCAAAAUUUAUCUCCCGAAAGAACUCCACAAAGGUCUCAAGAAACUUCUCGCUCACCCAUGUUCUCUGCAGAUAUAUUACCCCAGAACAAACCCAUUGACGUUUCAAUGUAUGAAGAGAGAGGAGCUUCUGGAACAACGGUAGAUCAACCAAUGGAAAUCUCCAAUCUAUAUGCCUCCAUGCAUGGGCAAAGCGUUUAUGAUAGGAAUACAAGUCACUUAGAACCAUCGCAUCACAAUCAAAGGGCAUCUGAACACAGAGCUCAAGAAAAUGUCUUACCACAAAACAUGCCUAUUGAUGUAUCAAUGUAUGAAGAUCACCCACCUCGUACAUCCACUGAACCCAAUGGUAUCACAAACUAUCGGAAUUCUUCACAACCUCCUCCCCAACCAUCGUCUUCAAAUUUUAGAGGAAGAUCUCCACCCAAUGUUGACAUCUAUGAUCGAAAGACUCAAGGUUCUUCAGGUGUCCAAGCUCCCCAUCAAAGUCGGGAAGAACAGGGAAAUAUCUUGCCACAAAAUAGGCCAAUUGACGUUUCUAUGUACGAAGACAAUGUUCCAAUGGGAGGAGGUGCAUCAUCAAGUCAACCAAUGGACAUAGAAGUUGACACUAUCGAAGCUGUGGUAGAAGUAAGAGACACAAUAAGAAUCGAUCGAAUGUCUCCACCAUUACAAACAAAUGUUCCUGAUCUCUCACCAAAGGUCCUAAACGAAACAAGAAUAGAAAUACGUAAUUUAGCACCACAGCCUGAUAUGAGAACUUUGGAUGAAAUAUUGGCUGAUGGCAAACAAAUCGGGAGCUUAGAUCGAUUAAAUACUUUAGGACACUCAUCAACACAAUACUCUCCUCCCCAAUCUUCUCAAUCACAACAAAGUCAACUCAAAAGACAGCAUGAUCGUGGUAGAGGAAUGUCUCCAGAGAGUACCAAGAAACCCCUCGUAGACAGGGAUCAAUCUCAUCAAAUGAGAUCGGGUCCAGGUAUGCAGCAAAUGAGUUCUGAUGAUUUUAGAUACAGAGGGCCAGAUAUAUAUGAUGUGCCAACACAGAGAGGAAGUUCUCCAGCCCCAAUGAGAUCAAGUCAAUCAGCAGUUUUCAGUUCUCAAAUUUUUCAAAGAGCGGCAUCUCCCGGGCCAGAUAUGGCUUCCGAUAGACAAUACGGGCAAUAUGAAUCCUCUCCAAUAUUCGAUAGAGGUAUGUCCCCUACUCGGAGUGAACAAAAUAUGCAGAGGGCCGUUUCUCCGGGACCUAGAACAGACAGAGGUUUGUCUCCAGUUCGAUCUGAUCGGAACUUUCAGAGAGGCUCAUCCACAACUCCGUCAACCCACAAAGAAGAUAGACAAUACUCGCAGUAUGAAUCUUCUCAAAACACCCAGCGAGGAAUGUCUCCAUCACGACUUGACAGUCAUUAUACCGACACAAGACAGCAUCUACGAAGGGCAUCCCCUCCUGGAUCUUCUUUUCACACUGAAACAAUGCAAACGGGUCAUUCAUCCUACCAAAGAGCAUCAUCUCCAGUUCCGAUGGAUAUUCAGCAAAUGGAACCUAGACAACUUUUACAACGAGGAUCACCUCAAGGUGUUUCAUUUAAGCGUCAGACUCCGGGAGAAAGAGCUUCUUCUCCACAACCACAAUCUUUUCAGAGGGCAUCUUCUCCACAACCACAAUCAUUUCAGAGGGCAUCUUCUCCACCCCCAGGUCAAGAUACAAUGAAAGCUGGUCGUAUUCUCAGUUUUAGACGUUCACUAUCCUUAGAAAGACACAAAACUGCAGACAAACCGCUUGAACGAAAACCAACUUAUUCCUCAAGAUUCAUGUCAAUGUUUCAUUCAAAAACUACUGAUCCAACGGUCAUGACUUUGCAUGAGAAACGUCGAGUAUCUGCGGAUCAUAUUCAAGAAAUUAAGCGCGGGAAAUUCAUGUCAAUGUUUCAUUCAAAGACUUCCGAUAAAUCGGCUGUUUUACCACCGGAUACCCGUAAGUUUUCUGCCGAUCAUGUUUUGCACAUGGAUCGUGGAAGAUCACCAUCACCAGUUCCAGAUAAACCAUUAAAACCUGAAGCAACAUCUUCACGGUUUAUGUCAAUGUUUCAUUCUAAAGUUCCUGAUCAAGCACCAGAAGAUAAUCCUCCACAGAACAUUCAUGAGGUCCCAGCAAAUCAGCAUCUUCAGGUUAAUACGGGAAAGCCUCCAGUUAAGCCUGAAGGUUCACCUUCUUCAUCUAGAUUUAUGGGUAUGUUUAAACGGGAGAAAGUUGAACGUUCCGAAGCAAUGUCUGUUGUUGAAGAGCCCUCACAUGCUGGCAACAUGUCAAUUCAAAAACCACCCGAGAAACCUUUACUCACAGUCAAGGUCACUGAAACGUUUUCUCUCAAAGUCGACGAAAUGGAUCAGUAUUCGAGUCAUCCACCUAAAUCCCCUUCACCUGUUCGACAAUCUCGUCAAUAUGCUAGCUCCGAUCAUCUAAGUCAGGGUCAAGAUCGAUUUAAUCAAGAUGGUAUCUCAGAAUCAAUAGCUUUCUCCACAGAACCUCAAGAACCGUUUGCACCGAUAGUUUUAUCAGGCUCCCGAUCAAGUCAAAUGCACCUUGCUGCUUCCCCAGAUCGCAGAAGUUACAUGUCAACAAGUCAAGCUGAUAUAAGUGGUUCCCGUCGAAGUGAUAUACAUGAACUGAUACCCCCAGCUCCAGCACAAAUUAUUACCGUUGGCAAUAAAAAACUAGUCUCCGUUCCCAUUGCAGUUCCUGUCGAUUUCUACGAUUCCGAAAUGACAAUUUCCGAAUUUAUGCGUGAUGAGCAUGAAAAUCAGAAAAACCUAUCCCAACAACCUCGCACAAAUCUUAUUAGAGCUCCGUCAGAGCAACGCCUGGCACGAUCAAAGCUCCUUCAACGAAAAACUUACGAUCGCACUCAAUCUCAAGAUCGUGCGGCAGCUGAUCGAAUGUCGGAAUUGGAUAGUCUCAGUUUAGGGACAAGAUCAAUGACGAAAACUGUUAGUUUCAACUUUGGUGAGCAUGGUUCGCAACGCGAUUACAUGGAUUCGUCUUCCAACAAUCAAUUAGAUAAAAAUCAAUGGCUUGAGAGGACAUACUUUUCCCGCGACCAUGAAUACGAACCGAUUGGAGAACCCACCUCAACAGAAAUUCAAAAAGAACCAACCCCCGAACCGACAGCUCAAGUUUCUAUACUCAAAAAAGAAUCAUCUCCAGCACCGGUGAUGGUUCAAGAAAUGCCCAAAUCAGAAGAACCUUCAGUCGAAAUUAUCUCCGAUGAAACACCUACAAAGUCUGACGAACUCAAAGAAGCCGAAGAGCUGCAAAAAGAUCUUGAAGAUCGUUAUUUCAAUUCGGCUGCCACAACAUCACAGCCAUCUGAGUCACAAAAUGAUUAUGAAAUGCAAACAAGCCAAAUGGAUUCAAGUGCCUUAGAAGAUAUACCAAUGGAAGCUGAGACUAAAAAAAAAGGCUUCAUGGCUAAUGCUCAAGAUCGAACUCGAAGAAUGCAAGCUGGGCUUAAAAAUCAAGCUGGUAAGAUCAAGACGAAAUUCCGAAGUCAGAAGAAAGCCCCAUCGGGUAGCCCUAAAGCUACAACUCGAAAACGCUUCAAGGCUCCGGAGUUUUCAAAGAUCAAAAUGCCUGAAAUGAAACGCCCUGAGUUUACAAAAUUCAGCAAGCCUGAUAUGUCAAAGUUCAAGCUGCCUGAUAAAUUCUCAUCGUUGAAACUUAAUCGUAGUAAAUCUUUUAAGGAACCAUCUGAGCUCGACGACACAACAGUGUCAGGCACUACUCCAGAAUCUGGAGCUGCCACAGCACCUCCAAAGAAACAAAGAUUCGAUUUUAGCUUUGGCACCUAUCCAAGAGCAUUUAGGAAAAAGUCGAAGCCCGAAGUUGUUGAGAGCACUGUGGAUGAGCCGAGUGUGAUUCAAAGCACUGAAACUCAACCAUCGGCCGAAUCCUCAAGCACUCCUCAAGGUGAUAGAGGUCCAGGCCCAGUGAGGUCUCGAUGGGCUGAUAAAUUCUCGGAUGUAAGCUACAAUGAUAGCGAAGGCUCAAGAUAUCGUCGCUUUGAAAGCGAGCAGGAGAGUUCUUUCGAUCGGGAAUCUUCAAUGGAACGUCGAAUGAAAGAAGUCCUUGAGGACAAUGCAAAGGAAGAAGCCGAACUUGCCAUGUUCAGUGUUGUGGAGCAGAAGCAAUUCGCAGAUUAUGAUGAAGAAAAUAGAGUCAUUCAUGAAAUUUCGAAGACUCGUGAACGCGAUUUCAAACGCCGACCAAUGGUACAUCAGGACUCUGAUUUGGUGUCCGAGGAAGGCAGAGAUAUUGGCUGGACUCAACGGGAAGCCGAAAAGAAUGAAUUUCUCCGCAAAGCUGAGCUUGAAGCUGAGUCACAUUCGAAGAAUCUUCCCGAAAGAGACUACCAUCAAGAUGCUCAAUCCACAGCAAGCUCAAAACGCUUAGUCUUCGAAGAAAUAAGUUCCGAUGAGUUUCUCCUUAGAAAGAAGGGUGCCUCACAAGAAUUCAGCAUUGGCAGCAAACAGAAAUAUGUCGAUACGAAUUUGGAGGCAGGUUUUGAGAAACCAGUCAAUCCACUCGAACUAAUUGGCUCACAAUCGGCCAGCUUAAAUGGCAGCAGCAUUGAUCGCAUUGACUAUGGCUACGAUGUUCCACCACCAAAGCCCAGACGUUUAAGUCAACAACAACGUCAACGUUAUCGUUAUGACUCGGAAAAUGCUUCUCAAAUCGAAGAUUAUGCCGAUGAUAUCUCAUUGUCUCAAGCUGGCAGUGAUUACUUCCGACAUGCACCACCAGCACGUCCCUUACGUAAGGGACGCUUUAGGAACAGUCAAGACAUGUCAAUUGGAGGAACUCCAUCAAUUCAAUACGAUGAUGAAGAUUAUUCAAUGCGAGAUAGAAAUUUCGUCGACGAAGAAAAAGAGAAUAUUCAAGAGCAACGCAAUGAAUCACCAAUGCCACCAGCACCACCACCACAACCACCAAGAAGGCGUCGUAAGCAAUUGAGAGAUUCCUUGGAGAAGGAUUCUUAUGUAAAUGGAUUCGGAGGCAGAUCCGUGUCAAAUAGCUAUUUGAGGGAAGACAACAAACCAGAGGAAGUGAUCGUCUACCGUACUGAGCACGAAUACAAAAUACCUCUAGCAACUCCUGAAAAUUACACCGACACCUCUGUAACGCCCCGAAAAUCUAAAUCUCUAUCUCGUCUUGGUAUUGACGAGGAUGAUCGAACUUCACGCGGAGCAGAUUCUUUAGCUUUGGACAUUGCAAUGCGAGAGGAAAAUGAUAAUUUAAAUGCUGAAGAAUUACAUGAGAAAUACAUAAUUGAAAUGAUGGAAAACGAUGGUUACGCUGUUGUACGUAAGGAAAACUUACCAAAACCAACACCACCAGCCAGGCGUAAAAAAUUCACACGUUCACCAGGUGAACGUUUUGCAACAAUGCCACACCAACGAAAGGCAGCUUCACCUUCGUCGUUAGUGGGCGAACAGAAAAUCUCAUCAACAGGCAAUUAUAGUACGAUUGGAGCCAGGCCUAUUCCACCAACAAGGAGAUCGGCUUCGAGCUUGGCAGCACCAGAUUCUCAAAAGGAUUAUGGAAGUCAAGAUUUUACCGAUUACGAAGAACCCGAACUGGAUGAACGACCAGAAUCGCCAAGGAAUCUUCAAUCGGGUGAUAUUAUAAAUAAAAUGAAAUACCGACCAUUGCCGCCGCCACCUCGCCCUCCUCGAGAGAAGAGACACUUCCACAGGGACAGGCAUGGCGUGGACGACGACAAUGACGAAAUCGAAAGCCGCGACGAUCGAGAUGAUCGCGAUGGUGGCGGUGAGAGAAUCGCUUAUCAUGAAUUACACGAACAAAGUAGCGAAGAUUACAGUCCACAUGAAAAUGUUGAAGUGGAGGUUUCUACACAAACCGAUCCACUGCCCGAUGAUUUUGUUUGUGAAGAAUUCGAAAUAACUGAAGAUAUGAAAAUCAUUGAGCCAAGAAGAACAAAAACUCUCGAUGAAAUACUUAAAGAGGAAGAAGAGGCUGAGCUGGAACGAGCUAAGCAAAUUGAUGAGGAAAUUCUAGCAAGAGGAAUUCAAAGAUUUAGGGAGGCAAGUCAACGAAGUGCUUCAGACAGAUCUAGAGCAUCAUCACAAGCCAAAUCUCUAAGUAGACCACAGACACCAUCUGCAAUUCUUAUAGAAAAACGUAUUCCAACUCCGGUACCCAAUGCAAAUGGGCAGACAGUGAUUGAGGCCUCAUUGACAGUACAACCUAUCGAUGAUUUAGAUUUGGAAGAGGAACUUCUUCGAAAAGAAGGUCUUUACGAUGGCUCUCAUAGUAAAUCUGACGAAGAGAGUCGUUACAAAGAAGAAGAGAAACAGAGUUCACGUGCUGCGUCCGAAGAGGAAAAUGCUAGGAUCGAUGAAGAAGUUCAAUCGUAUACACGCAGCACCGAUGCAGAGAGUCAGCAACAAGAAGAGACAGAUCGAGAAAGUGAACUUGAACGUGAGAGAGAACUUGAACGAGAACUUGAACUUGAAAGAGAACGCGAACUUGAACAUGAACGAGAACUUGAACAAGAGCGAGAGGAACUGAUGUUCGAAGCAGAACGAAGAAUGCAAGAAGAGGAAGCAAAACGAGAACGCGAACAAGAAGAAGAAGCAAAUCGAAGACUUCAAGAAGAAGUAGAAGCCGAUGAAAGACUUCUAAGAGAACUGGAGGAAGAGCAAAGAUUUUUAGAAGAAGCUUUAUUAAGACACGCAGAGAAAGAAAAAGAACUAGAAAGAAGAAUACGCGAAGAGGAAGAAGAAGAAAGAGAAAAAAGAAGAAUUGCAGAAGAACAAGAAAUCGAACAAAGAUUACAUCCAGAUUCUCAGUCUGAAGAGCAUGAGAGCUACGACGAGGAUCAACAUGAAAGACUUAAAGCUGAAGAUUCAUCCGAACUCAAGUCCGAUGUGAGUGAAGAAAAAGAAACUACCCCACUACCUUCUCCGUCUGCUACCCUUACCCCUCAUCAAUUAGAAGAAGAGGUAUUAGUUUCUCAAGUCAAAAAACUACUCUUAGAGCAACCUCCAAAAGACGAAUCCUACGAAAGAGAGAAAACACUAAGUCCACCACCAAUGGCUCCACCAAGGAAGCGAUCGACUGCCAAUGAAGCACUAUCAGUUGCAGAGCAACAACCAAUGCCGGUUCCAUUCACUGGAGUCAUGCCUAGUCACUUAGCGAUAGCCGACCUCGAGGUAGAACGCCUUCGAGUGCACGCUCUUCAAGCUGGUCAAAUAAUGGUAUCACAUUUACAUGGUGCUCAGAUUCAAGCUGAAGAGCUUGAAUGCCGUUCAGGAAAUUUAGUGGUUAAAAACAUCGAACUACCACCGGGAUUCAUUGAAGACAUUGUAGAAAGAGUACGCAGUACAGAACGCGAACACGCUCAAGCUUCCACUCAGACAAUCGCCGAAGCUAGGACUCAAACCGAAGAAGACUCCAUCCCACCACCUCCACUACCAACCAGAGAACCUGAAACUCCUCCCGUUCGACCACCACCACCGUCAGCAGCUCACUUCUUGCAACUCCGAGAUCAUGACGAUGGCUCAAGAAGUGUUCAUCUAACAGACUAUCAUCUGCAGACAAUUCCUCCCAUCGGCUUUUACAAUCACCUUCAUACCGGCGGUGAUGAUGAAGAACCAGCAGCAGCUGCUCCUCCACCAGUCUAUCGUCGACGACGUCAUCUUCGCAGACGUGAUUCUUCCUCAGAAGAGGAACAUCAACGCCGACGCAGCCGAAGCAUCCGUCCAGAACAACCUCCACAGAGUGUAGCCCAGGCAGGUCGUCAGUUUAUCUCAGCCUGCAGUCUACCGCUGGUCAAUAUCAUUACUCAGCUGACAAACGCUUUGCGUCCCAAUAACAACGACAAUAACAAGGAUCAGGUGCAACCAAGGAACAUAUCCACAGCAGUAGUAGUUCUUAUAGUCAUGGCUUUAAGCUUAGUGAUUUACCUAUUGACAGGAAGAAAUAUACACCAUCAUCAUUGGGAUUACUUUAAUCCGCCGGGUAAUGAUGGACGACUGUCGUAGGUUGUGAAUAGGGCCAUCUCUCUUGAUCACCAUUCAGCCUUUACUGCAUUUGUUAAUUUUUUUGUUUCAAUAAUUUAUUUGGUCAAAAUAACGCAUCCUAAUGCGGAACUCAAUAUAAUUACUACAAAAAAGAGAAAAGCCACCAUGAUUGGGGUAAUAUUUUCUAAUUUUUGUUUUCUCUGUUUUUUUCUUUUUGCUACGAACUACAACAAAAACAUACACAAAAAUAAAAAAUAACUAAAAAAAUUUAGUUCUACAUAAAAAAAAAGAUAAUUUAAAAUAAUCACGAACAAAAAAAAAAUGAUAUUUUUAUUUAUAUUUCAGUCUUUCGUACGAUUUUUUGUUUAACUAUUAAAACAAAAAUUAAAUAUUAAUUUAUCAUAAAAAUAAAUCAAUAAUAAAUGGCAAAUAAAUAAAAA